CCAGAGCUGUGACUCCUGUCUAUAGUGGGGGACUGACAGUUGACAGACAAACUUUGACGGUGGGAAAAGUUUGAUGGGAGUCACAACGAUCUCCAACCAAUGCUGUUCGCGUGUCCACAGCGUUUUCGAAGGAGCCUGUCCCAGAAAAGACCCUCCCCCUGGUGUGUUGGUUGUAUCCACAGGCAGUAAGUUGGUUCUGACGUGCAGAGGUCAUGUAAUGGUGAACGGAAUAAAGGUCAACAUUGCCACAGACAGCUCAAACACCAACAGUAGAGAGAGUUCUUCAGCUGCACCCACAACCACUGGAAACAUCAUAAAUAACAAACAUACUGUGGACAGUACUGUAAAUGUGGGAUACCACUUUAACCCUGAGGCAGAAGUCAGUGCUGUGACAGGAGGAAACCGAAGCCCAAGAUAUACGGGCACAGUAUACACAGCCUCUCCCACCACUCACAUGGUCCAACCAACCAGCGGUGGCAGACUGCUGAAGGGUGAAUCCAGCUGGGAGGCCGAAGAGGUGGACGGUGAGGGUGAUUAUGAGGAAGAUGAGGAGGAGGAAGGGGGGAGGGGGAGCAGGGUAACAAGAGGCAUAAAAUCAAUGCCUCAGUGGAAGUGGAACGAGAGGACAAUAGGGAGUGGGAAGAGAGAUUGGGGAGAAAUCACAUUUGAGAAGAGAGGGGCUUCCCUGUCUUUGUCCUCAGUAAGAGUGACAGACUCUGGGAAGUACACGUGUCAUCACAGAGGCAGAGAGAGGUUCUCCUUAAAAGUAACUGUUGCAGAUCCUCCUGAGAAUCCCAGCCUGUACUGCUACAAAAAGUCACCCAGCAGUAAGAUUCGCUGUGAGUCAGUGCCUCAGAAGCCCGUGACUAAACCAUCAAACUGUUACCUUGUACUGAAUAUAAG